AUGCGGUUUACGCUUCAGUGAACGUUGUUUAUUAAUUCCGAAUCACCAAUCUAGCGAAUUGAUUCCCAAACUGUUCAAAGGCCACUGCUUUGAACCAACAGUAGACGAAUUGUUUUCAACGCUCUAUGUUGCCUAACUAGUCGAAGUGUUCGUUCAUGAAUAACGGUUGUGUUUCAUUAGGGAGCGCUUAUCUGUUUCAAUAUUUGGAACUCUUCUAUGAAACUGUGAAUCGUCAAAUGAAGUAUUAUUCAACAGUUAAUAUUGUGAAUGUGAGACAGUGUGAUUAAAUACAGUGUUCAAUUUAUUAGCCAUGAUAUUGCUCACUAGCAUUUGAUUAAUCAGACUGAAUUGCCAGCUGUCAGUGAAUUAGUGUGAGCCCUGAAUAGCAAGUGUGCUUUAAAUUUAUUUGGAUAGCAGUAGGCCUAGUGUUGCUAGUAGUUAUCGUUCAUGUGUCGAUAGAAUUUUCGUUUUUGUUGGAAAAUUUCAAUUAUUGAUAUUUGUAGAAUCAGCAAAAACUGUUCGAUUCUUCUAAUUCUAGGUCAUUGUUGAAAGUGACAUGAAUUUCUCAAACCACUUCAGUUGAAUAGACCUAUAUUUCAGAGGUAGUUGUAGUUAGUGAAGAUUUAAUCAAGUGGAUGUUUUCCUGUAUUCAUUGUAGGAAAAAUCUGGAUUCCAAUGUAAUUUCUUGUUCAACUGCAUCGUUAUCAAGGCCACCUCGACUUGAUAUUUAUUCAUGAACGUUUUGAAUUUGAAUUGUUCUUUUUCGGCGUUCCAAUGUAAUUUUUUGUUUGAACUAUAUCGUUAUAAAAGCCAUUUAUUGAUUUUCAUGAACGUUUUGAAUUUGAAUUGUUCUUGUUCCAAUUGUUCAUAGAUGAGCUUAUCGAAUGUAACAAUAAACUUUUGAAUUACCGGUAUUCGAAAGAGAAGCAUCCUGUAGGAUCGAACAAAACGUAUAUUUUCAAACUAAUUAGACCUAUCACAGGAAUAUGUUUCUAAGUAUGAUUCUAUCUUCGGAAAUUUAUUAUAACUAGAAUGUUGAAUUGAACUUUGCACUCAAUCGUAGCAAAACCUAUAUUUUCAAAUUGAUUAGACCUAUCACAGGAAUAUACUUCUAAUAAGUGUGGCUCUAUGUUAUGAAAUUUAUUAUAACUAGAAUGUUGAAUUGAACUUUGCACACAUUUGAAACUUAUUUAGAAAAAUAGACCAGUGAUGGCAUCGAAAAAUCCAGAUCUGAGUCCUUUACCAGUUGAACUGUUGUCUCUGGAUCAUAGUGGUUUGUAUGUAAGACGUAGAAACACAGACUUUUCUCUCGGCGACUAUGAAGAGUUGAACCAUGAAACUCCACCUCCGUUACCUCCCAAAAACAAUCAUUUUCGAAAAAGUAGAAAUCUGUCGAAUGAAACUGAUCAUAGGCUCGCAAGUCCUCCAGCCAAAUCAAGUGUGGUAACAUCUCUUGACAAAAUGUUCUGCUCCCGAUGUGGAGAUGGCUUUGAGCCUCAUGAGAAGAUUGUCAAUUCCAAUGGAGAAUUAUGGCAUACACAGUGCUUUGUGUGCGCCCAGUGCUUCAGGCCAUUUCCAGAUGGAACCUUUUAUGAGUUUGAAGGCAGAAAGUACUGCGAACAUGACUUCCAUGUUCUCUUUGCACCAUGCUGUGGAAAAUGCGGUGAGUUUGUGAUUGGGCGCGUGAUCAAGGCGAUGAACGCGAACUGGCACCCGCGGUGCUUCAGAUGUGAGGAGUGCGGCAAGGAGUUGGCCGACCUGGGCUUCAUCCGCCACCAGGGCCAGGCACUCUGUCACGACUGUCGCGCUCUCGCCCGCGCCGCCGGCACCGGAAAACACAUCUGCCACAAGUGCCAUGGAGUAAUUGAUGACAAGCCGUUGCGGUUCCGUGGUGAGGUGUACCACCCGUACCACUUCAACUGCACCGCCUGUCAGGUGGAACUCACUUCCGACGCCAGGGAGGUCAAGAGUCGCGAAGGAUUGACUGCCAACGAAGUGAAUGAGCUGUAUUGCUUGCGUUGCCAUGACAAGAUGGGCAUUCCGAUUUGUGGAGCUUGCCGCCGACCCAUCGAGGAGCGAGUUGUCACUGCUCUCGGCAAGCAUUGGCAUGUGGAGCAUUUCGUUUGCGCUAAAUGCGAGAAGCCAUUCUUGGGACAUCGUCAUUAUGAGAAGAAGGGCUUGGCGUACUGCGAAACUCAUUAUCACCAGCUGUUUGGAAAUCUGUGCUUUGUUUGCAAUCAAGUCAUUGCUGGCGAUGUUUUCACCGCCCUGAACAAAGCUUGGUGCGUGCACCACUUCGCCUGCUCGGUGUGCGACCAGAAGAUGAAUCAGAAGACCAAGUUCUAUGAGCUGGAUCUGAAGCCGGUCUGCAAGAAGUGCUACGACAAGUUUCCCGCCGAAUUCCGUCGGCGCCUGCGCAAGGCUCACGAGGCCACGCCCAAGAAAGUGUCCGCUUGAUGUCUCGCCUCCGAGUGCUUUACUAAUCCCGCAUCAUUCGAUUAGUACUAGCCACCUCAAUGAUUAACACGCCCAAUCAAACUAGGAAUGAACAAAAUUAACGUGAAUAUAAUAUAUUUUAAUACGCAUAACAUAGAUCUGUUAGUAACAUAGUACUAUUGUAAGCUUUAAUAAUUUUAACUUGAAAGUACAGUAAUAUAGACGUUUUACUAUCAAAUAUUUUAUUACUUGCAUCGUAUUGCAAUAAUUUUAUUGUAGUAUAACUUGAUAUU